AUGUUAAAGACCAGUUGGAUGAGGAUGUUCCCGACAGUCCGCGUGUCCUUUACAGGAAUUCGCCCCGACCAAAAAUACAUCGUACUUAUAGACAUAGUUCCUGUAGAUAAUAAACGGUACCGAUACGCGUACCACAGAUCGUCCUGGCUGGUGGCAGGAAAGGCCGAUCCUCCUGCACCCUGCAGGAUUUACCCCCACCCCGAUGCGCCGUACUCGGGCGAACAGCUGCGCAAGCAAGUCGUCAGUUUCGAGAAAGUCAAGCUUACGAAUAACGAAAUGGAUAAGCAUGGACAUUUGGUGUUGAAUUCCAUGCACAAGUAUCAGCCUAGGAUACACUUGGUGAAGAGAAGUGAAGGGUCGUCAGGAAAUGUGGUAGAUUUAGAAAAUGAAGAGUACAAAACUUUUAUCUUUCCCGAGACGAUAUUCACUGCAGUGACGGCAUAUCAAAAUCAACUGAUAACAAAGUUGAAGAUUGACAGCAACCCAUUUGCUAAAGGCUUCAGAGAUUCCUCCCGGCUCACCGAAUUCGAAAGUAGUUUCUCUUACAGGGAAACCAUGGAGUCCAUGCUCGCUGAGCAGCACUACUUCAGAUCGCCGCUGAGGCCUUUCGGGGAAAUGGAGGCUCACAACAACAAUUUGAGCAUAGAAGAAAAGGCCAUUCUAGCUGCGAGAUCUCAGUUGUUCCUCAGAGCGGCGGCCGCCGCUGCGGGACCCUACGGGCCCCUAAUGGGGGGUUUAUACGGUGCCAGUGCUUCGCAAAGUUCCGCUGUACCGCCGGGUGUUCUCUGGAAUCAGUGGGCUUGUCUUGGUCCUUCGCUGAUUGCAGCUCAGCAUCAGCAUCAAUUGGCAGUGGCAGCGGCUGGGAGCAGUCACUUGAAUUCUCCCAUUUCUCCAAUGGCAAGGCCUUUGGCGCAGCACAGGUAUUCUCCAUAUGCUCCUCCACAAAGAUCCUCACCUGAUACCAGCCUAAGGGACGAUAGGGACUCACCAAGUAGCCCCACUUAGGUGUACUAUAUACUUGUGAUAUUUAGCGAAAAUAUUUUUAAAUUCAUCACACAGUUCCGAAUAAAUGUACAAUACAUAUGUAUAUAUCUAUUUAUAAUUUAUUUAUAGCUAGUAGAAAUAAAAAAUGUAACUGUUCCUGUACAUCUUUCAUCGGAUGCUAUCAUUAACUAUCUACUGCAUCGUUUACUAAAUACUUAAGGAAACACAAGAGAUGCUGAGAGAUGUAAUGGUUUAGUUCUUAUUACGGAUCCAGUGAUAAUCACAUGUGGUGUCAAAAAAAUCACCUUAAUUAUCACUGGAGACACCCAGAUGAUCUAAACUAGAUAAGUUUUUUACUGCUAGUUUUUGUUAUACUGGUCUGCAUAUAAAAUUAAAAAAGUCCUGCUUUAU